AUGGCUAGUGACCACUGCUCUAUUCUCUUAACUACUGCUAGAAAUGAAUCUAAAGUUUUUAAACCAUUCAGAUUCAAUAGAGCCUGGUUUAGAGAUGCCACUUGUAAAGAUCUUAUUGAAAGCAGCUGGAAAAAAUGUGGAAUGGGUUCUCCUGCUUUUAGACACUCAAAAGCCUUGACUGUCACUAAGGAAGAACUUAGGAAAUGGAACUACAAUGUUUUUGGUAAUAUAUCUACUCAGAUAAAUAAGCUUGAAACUACUUUGCAUAAUCUUUUAUAUACUAAUCAUGCUCCUAACUCUGCUGUUGUUGUGGAAGUGCAAUCUAAGCUUAAACAUAGGUAUGACAUUAAGGAGGAUUUCUGGAGGCAAAGAGGUAAGGAAGAAGCUUUUAAAUUUGGGGAAAGGAACACUGCUUACUUUCAUAAUAAAACAAAUUUUAGAAGGAAAACAACCCAAAUAGAUACUAUCCAAAAUGACAUGGGAAUCUGGUUAACCGAUAGAGCUGAUAUUGCUGCUAAUUUAAAGAGUCAUUUCUCUAAAAUGAGUAGAACUACUAUGCCACCUAAUCCUAGUACUUAUUUAGACUACAUCAUGCCUUGCAUUUCUAAUGAGGAGAAUAAUAUGUUAACUGGAAUUCCUACUCAUGAAGAAGUUAAAAAUGUGAUUUUUAGUAUGCAACCAUGGACCACACCAGGUCUUGAUGGGUUUCCACCUGGCUUUUACCAGGAAAUGUGGUCUAUUGUUGGUGAGGAUACUGUUAGAAUGGUUCAAUCCUUCUUUAGAAGUAAACACAUGCUGAAACAGAUUAAUCACAAUUUUGUAAGCCUUAUACCCAAGGUUAAUAAUCCUAAAUCUGCUGCAGAUUUUAGACCAAUUAGCUUAUGUAAUGUUGCUUAUAAAAUCAUUUCUAAACUGUUAGCUUCUAGGUUAAAAGGUUUGCUUGACAGAAUUAUAACUCCUUAUCAGUCAGCCUUUCUCUCUGGAAGACUAAUAACUAAUACUAUUGUGAUUGAUCAUGAAUUAAUUGACUCCAUGAAGCAUUGUAAAGCUGAAAACGGUUGGAUGGCUAUUAAACUUGACAUGUCAAAGGCAUUUGACAUAAUUGAGUGGAGUUUCUUGUUGGAUGUCCUAUCUAGACUAGGAUUCUGUGAUGAUUUUUGUAGCAUGAUUAACAAUGCCAUUCUACAGUUAGCACUUCUAUAUUAUGAUUGUUUGCUUUUCACAAAAGCAAAUUCAAAGGAAGCUCGGAAUCUAAGUACCAUCAUUGAUCAAUUCAGUCUCUACUCUGGCCAAGCUGUCAAUUUUAGUAAGUCAGGCAUUUCUUUUAGCUCAAAGGUUCCAAAUCAGCAAAACAAAAUGGAAUCUUCCUCUAGUUUAAUUGAUAACAAUUAUGGUAGACUUGCAGAUUGGAAAGCUCACUUCCUGAAUCAGCCUGAGAGAACUAUUUUAAUUCAGUCUGUUUUAGGCACUUUAGCUACUCAUCGAAUGGUUGUUUUUCAGAUGCCUAAAAAGCUGACUGACAAGCUAGAUACAAUCCACAUGAGGUUCUGGUGGAAUAAGAAAGAAGGAAAAAAAGGUAUGUUCUUUAAGAAAUGGAAAGAGGUUGCUUUAGCUAAAGAAUUAGGAGAACUGGGGAUCAAACAGUCUUCUAUUAUGAACUAA